AUAGAGCGUCUCCACAAGCUCGCGGGAGAAGAGGCGUGUGGGAAGAGAGGCUCAGAGCAGCCUGGGAAGUGUAGUUCGGGCAGGACAGCAAUGGCUUCAUGGUGGGAGUUGAGGUUCUGGGAAGCUGCAGAGGCCUGAAAAGAGGUUACAACAGUGACUUUAAACAUCUCUAGGUCAGCACAGAAAGCAUCUAAUUAAUGCAUGAUUUACCCAUUUAGGACCUCAUUAGAUCGUGUGGACACUCCUGUGAAUUGCUUGCACCCGAAGUUUUUCCUCUCACCGUUUUUGAUAGACCAUAGCUCCCUGGGUCUGACUCCUACUGUGGAUUUCAAUAUGCUGAGACGAAAACCAACUCGCCUGGAGCUCAAGCUCGAUGACAUUGAAGAGUUUGAGAGCAUUCGAAAGGACUUGGAGACCCGUAAGAAGCAGAAGGAAGAUGUGGAAGGUGUAGGAACCAGUGAUGGAGAAGGGGCCGCAGGGCUCAGCAGCGACCCCAAGAGCCGGGAACAAAUGAUUAACGAUCGAAUUGGUUAUAAACCCCAACCUAAGCCCAACAACCGCACAUCUCAGUUUGGAAACUUUGAGUUUUAGAGAUGGAUUCUCUAGCAUGCCAGACCUCUGGAAUGGAAUAAAAUGAUGGCAGAAAUACAGAACAGAUUUAGAGAAUUAAGUGUGUACAACCAAGCAGAAUGUUUUCUGUCUCCUGCAGGGAGAAAUAAUGUCUGCAUGAAGUUACUGCUGUUCAACUUUUCUGAUAAGAUAGAAGCCAAAUUCUGGCUUGUUUCUGGAAAAUUGGACUGUGGAAAGCUUACCUGAUUUUUGUUUUUUAAAAAUAAAUAUAUUUUUGGAAGAAUGUGAGACAUCCCUAAAGGUAGUAGCAAUGAAGUCCCCAGCUCUGAGAGGUAAUUGCCACCAAAGGUGAUGUCAUUGUCCUUGUCUUUACAAAAUGACCCCAAACCUGGACACUUGCAGUUGAUGCCCUGGACUUUCCCUUCACUUGUUUAUUCAGUAUUUGGUGACUGCUGACCAUCCUGCGAGCAACAGAGAUCCCAGAUGAGUGUGCUCAUAGCUGUAACCCAGCCCAUGGAAGGCUGAGGUAGGAGUCUCAUGAAUUGGAGGCUAGUCUAGGCUACAGAGUGAAAUCUUCUCUCAAAAUGUUAAAAACCAAACCAAACCAAACCAAAACCAAAACCAAAAAAACCAACCAACCAAGACAAAACUUCUACCCUUAUGGAGAUUGGAUUCUAAUGAAUAAAAUGUCAGUCAAAUCCAUUUACAGAAAGGCUUUUUACAAUGAGGGAAACACCGAGAAUUUCUAACAGCAUGAGGCACUUUAAUUAUUCUUCCCUUGGGACUUGUCUAAGAAUUCUUGCAGCCGGAACCCAUCUGAACUCUGGAUACUUUUGCACCAUGCCCCAUUUUACCAUAAAAAUCCAGGGACAGAACCACCAGCUGUGGAAGCCAGAACAUCUGAAUCAAGUUUCAAAGAGACUGCGUAGCUGAUCUUUACCCAGGCUUUUGGAUAGUUUGUGAGUGAUGUAUAUGGAAAGGUAGAAAUAGAGGGAGAUGUGUAGUUUCCUUUUUUUCUGCAAGCUUUUUUUAUAAAACCUUUAUUCCUGUUUUAUUGAUGAUCCCUAAGUCCUGUUACCUUACUGUCUUAAAAAAACAAUAAAAGCCAGACACAUGCUGUAGA